AUGACACCAGCAUAUUAUGGUUUAGUGUAUAAAGGCAAUAAAUAUUCUUGUAGCGGUAUGAUGCAGUUCAUUCGAGCUACUUCGUCUCCCCUGUUUUUGAACCUCCAGAGCAAGAUAAUGGAUGUAAUCGAAAGAAGUAAGCAAACGAAAAUACCCUUGGAGGUGACUCAUCAUGACGGUUUUCGUGUCCUAGAAAGAUUCAAUCAUAAGAAGGAUAUUGAAAAAUUCAAUAAACCUAGCUAUUUACACAUAUCGGCUGUUCGGAAAACUCUUGGACUGUUCGCAUGUGUAAUCAUGCUAUUCUCUAUUCUCACAGCAUGUACUACUCCUGUGACUACCAUUAUGACUAUUUUUUCAAAAAGAGGACUUAAAUCUUUCGCUUACACAGCUACUGUAACAUUAUUUGUGUAUAUGGCUUGUGGGGCCCUCUGGAUUGGAAAGGAAAGGUGCUCUACAUCCCCCUUAGCACUAUGGUUUAGCUCAGGAAAUGAAGUUACAGCUGCUGCUUGUGUUGCAGCGUUUGCGAUUAGUGCGGUAUCUGGUUCAUUUGCGGCUGGUAUGGCUCAGGAAGGUGCAAAAAGCAGUUGGCAAUGGUGGAAAGGGUCUGCGGAAGUUGGAAAAGGUUCAAUUGCAGAAGAUAAUUCAUUUUUUGUCCCUGGAUAUAACUUGACGCUUUAUAAUGGCUCUAGUCAUACGAAUGAUCUUAAUCAUUCAAUAGUUGCGUAA